GGAGUUCAGUUUCCUGCUGAAGGAGCGCGUGUGUCCGCUGGUCAUCAAGCUGUUCUCUCCCAACAUCAAGUUCCGUCAGGGCUGCGGGAGCAGCGCCUCGUCCCCGGCGCCUGUGGAGAAACCCUACUUCCCCAUCUGCAUGAGACUGCUGCGGGUCGUCUCGGUCCUCAUCAAACACUUCUACAGCCUCCUGGUAACGGAGUGUGAGAUCUUCCUGUCUCUGCUGGUGAAGUUCUUGGAUGGAGAGAAGCCGCAGUGGCUGAGAGCCGUGGCGGUGGAGUCUGUGCACAGACUGUGUGUUCAGCCACAUUUACUGCGGUCUUUCUGUCAGUCGUACGACAUGAAGCAGCACUCCACCAAAGUCUUCAGAGACAUCGUCAACGCUCUGGGCUCCUUCAUCCAGUCCCUCUUCAUCCUCCCCAGCGCAGGAAACACCUCCUCCACCAGCACGCCUGCAGGUGGCUCGGUGUCGGCUUCACAGGGGUCCGCUCAGGGAGGUCCGGGUGCGGCAGGAGCAGGGGGGGGUCUGAUCACACAGGCCGCUUUUGAGUACCGGGGCACCUGGAUCCCCCUCAUGAACGUCAGCGUCCAGGGCAGUGCCAAAGCCACCUAUCUGGAGAUGCUGGAUAAAGUGGAGCCGCCCUCCAUCCCUGAAGGUUACGCCAUGUCUGUGGCCUUCAGCGCCCUGUUGGAUCUGGUGAGGGGAAUCACUUCUUUGAUCGAGAGAGAGCUCUCCAAACAGGAACAGGAAGCUGCUAUGAGGGAGGAGGCGGAGCCUGUCAGUCCUCCACAGAGAGCCCGCUGCCCUCAGGAUCCCAUGGCUCAUGAGGUUUGGGAGGAGAUGGUGAACGCCUGCUGGUGCGGCCUGUUGGCGGCCCUUUCACUCCUGCUGGACGCCAGUACGGACGAGGCGGCCACAGAAAACAUCCUAAAAGCGGAGCUGUCCAUGGCGUCUCUGUGUGGUCGUCUGGGUUUGGUGACGCCGCGUGACGCUUUUAUUACGGCCAUCUGUAAAGCGUCUCUGCCUCCUCACUACGCCCUCACCAUCCUGAGCAGCAACACUGCCAACCUCUCCAAUAAAGAUCGUUUUGAUGAACCGAGAUCUUUUAGUUUAUGUAUUUCAGUGUACUCUAUCCAGGGUCAGAGUGUGCAGAUGGUCAGUCCGUCCAGUGAAUCUCACCAGCAGGUGGUAGCAGUGGGUCAGCCGCUCACCGCACAGCCGCAGGGCACCGUCAUGCUGACAGCGAAGAACAUUCAGUGCAUGCGGACGCUGCUGAAUUUGGCUCAUUGUCACGGUGGUUAUCUGGGAACCUCAUGGCAGCUGGUUUUAGCCACACUACAGCAUCUGGUGUGGAUUCUGGGUCUGAAACCGUCUGUCGGUGGCGUUCUGAAACCCGGGCGAGCUGUGGAGGGUCCGAGCACGGUUUUGACCACAGCGGUGAUGACCGAUUUACCCGUCAUAUCAAACAUCCUGUCCAGACUCUUUGAAAGCUCACAAUACCUGGACGAUGUCUCUCUGCAUCACCUGAUAAACGCUCUGUGCUCGUUAUCCAUGGAGGCCAUGGAGAUGGCUUACGGAAACAACAAGGAGCCAUCUCUGUUUGCGGUGGCCAAGCUGUUAGAGACCGGACUGGUUAAUAUGGACCGGAUCGAGAUUCUCUGGAGGCCGCUGACGGCUCAUUUACUGGAGAAGGUCUGUCAGCAUCCUAAUGCUCGAAUGAGGGAGUGGGGCGCAGAGGCCAUCACCUCGCUGAUCAAAGCUGGACUCUCCUUCAAACACGAUCCCCCGCUGUCCCAAAACCAGAGGUUGCAGCUGUUGCUUCUGAACCCUCUGAAGGAGCUCUCCAAUGUCCUUCACGCCGAUAUCCGACAGAAACAGCUGGAGUGUGUCCUACAGAUCCUACAGAACCAGGGAGACACUCUCGGACCGGGAUGGCCUCUGGUGCUGGGGGUCAUUGGAGCAAUCCGCAAUGACCAGGGUGAAUCCCUCAUACGAACAGCCUUCCAGUGCCUGCAGUUGGUGGUGACCGACUUCUUACCCACAAUGCCUUGCAUGUGCCUACAAAUUGUGGUAGAUGUAGCCGGCAGCUUUGGGCUCCAGAACCAGGAGCUAAACAUCAGCCUGACGUCUAUCGGCUUGCUGUGGAACAUCUCAGACUACUUCUUCCAAAGGGGAGAAGCAAUUACAGAGGAGCUGGAGAGGGAGGAAGCGGUUCUCUUGAGACAGGCCCAAGAUAAAGGUGAACCUCUGCACCGACCCUUCCACCCUGCGCCACCCUUUGACUGUCUGUGGUUGUGCCUGUAUGCCAAGCUGGGUGAGUUGUGCGUGGACCCACGGCCGGCUGUGAGGAAAAGCGCCGGCCAGACAAUGUUCUCCACCAUUGCUGCUCACGGAACGCUGCUGCAACCACCGACCUGGAACAUCGUGGUUUGGAAGGUUCUCUUUCAUCUGCUGGAUUGUGUAAGGAAGUCCUCCACCACGGCCGACAAGGAAAAGAUCGAAUCCGGAGGUGGAAACAUCCUCAUCCACCACUCACGCGACACAGCAGAGAAACAGUGGGCGGAAACAUGGGUUCUGACACUUGCGGGCGUAGCUCGGAUCUUCAACACCAGGAGAUACCUGCUUCAGCAGCUGGGUGACUUUUUCAAGGCUUGGGAAGUUCUGUUGGACCAUAUCCAGUCUGCUGCACUCAGCAAGAACAAUGAAGUUUCCCUCGCCGCUCUCAAGAGCUUCCAGGAAAUCCUCCAGCUAGUCACUCCCAUUAAAGACACGGAUAAACUCGACGCUCUCGCAAUGGACGUUCCUCCUGUCCUUAUGGAGUCUCUACAAGUUUCUGGGCCAGGAAGACCCCUAGUCCGAUCCGAUUCCCUUGCCGAACGACUAGCCCAGCGCUACGGUGCCCAGCCUUCACUUCCACCACCUGGAGAGGAGCUGGACGACUCGGCCCUCUGGUGGUCAGCGUGGAACACUUGGUACCGGAUAGGAACCGAGUGCACGCGACCCCCUAGUGGUGGAACAGAUAAACUAGUGUUCGUACCCAGUCAGCCUUUCCUGACGGCGCUAAUACAGAUUUUCCCAGCGUUGUACCAGCACAUCGCAGGAGGGUUCAGCAUGGAGGAUCUCAAGAAGCUGGGGGUGAUUCUGCAUGGAGCCGUGUCGGUACCCAUAAGCUCAGACUCCUCGCCUUUCAUCUUGCCCUCCUACACGGAAGCGGUGCUCACCAGCCUGCAGGAAGCAGUCCUGACUGCCCUUGACGUCCUGCAGAAGGCAAUUUGUGUGGGCUCUGAGAAUCUCCAGGUGAUGUAUCCCGCCAUCUUUGAGCAGCUUCUGCUGUUCGUGGAGUUCUCCUGUAAACCUCCUCAGUAUGGAAAGAUGGAGACCAAACACGUGGCCAAUGCUAAAUACAACCAGAUCCAACUGUUUGCACCGGCGGAGUGGGUGGCCUUAAACUACGUGCCGUUUGCGGAGCAGUCUUUGGAGGUGGUGGUUGAUCUAUAUCAUAAAACGGCCUGUCACAAAGCUGUCAUCAACGAGAAAGUCCUACAAAACAUCAUCAAGACUCUGAGGAUUCCUCUGGGCCUGAAGUACGCCUGUCCUGCUGAGAGCACCUGGAAACUGGCCGUCUCCUCUCUGCUCAAAGUGCUUUCCAUUGGACUCCCUGUUGCCCGGCAACAAGCAUCCUCAGGCAAAUUUGACACGAUGUGGCCAGAGCUGGCGAACGCCUUUGAAGACUUCCUGUUUACCAAAAGCACACCUCCAGAUAAUCUCUCCAUACAAGAGUUCCAGAGGAACGAAGCUGUAGAUGUCCAGGUGGUGCAGUUGAUCAGCACAGAGAUUUUACCAUUUGCCAAUUUCAUACCCAAAGAGUUCGUAGGUCGAAUCAUGAGCAUGCUCAAUAAAGGAUCGAUUCACUCCCAGUCAUCAUCGUUCACAGAGGCUGAAAUGGACAUCCGAAUGCGGGAGGAGUUCUCUAAGGUGUGCUUCGAGACUCUCCUGCAGUUCUCCUUCAGUAAUAAGGUGUCGACGCCGCAGGAGGGCUACAUCUCCCGUAUGGCUCUGUCAGUGCUGCUGCAGAGGGCGCAGGACGUGCUCCGACGAUACGUUGAGGACCAGAGACUCAGUGGACGCUGCCCGCUGCCCAGGCAACAAGUGACUGAGAUCAUCUUUGUGUUAAAAGCCAUCAGCACUCUCAUGGAUUCCUUGAAAAAGACUCAACCAGAGAACGUGGACGGGAACGUGUGGGUUCAGGUGAUCGCGCUGUACCCGACGCUGGUGGAGUGCAUCACCUGCUCGUCUCCUGAAGUGAGCUCCGCCCUCAAAGACGCCCUGGGGCCCUUCAAAGACUUCAUGCAACCGCCCGUCUCCAAAGUGCAGAACGGCGAAUCGUGACUGAACGUUUUUAUUCCACCGCAAACAUGAAUGUGACUGUUUCAUACGCGGCGCGCGAGGACGAUUCACCCCAUCGUCAUGGUAACUGUUGAUUGACAGCUCCCAAUCCCAUCGUUCAAAGCUUCUUCUAAUACGAGCUGACGGUAGACUCUGAUUGGCCGACUUUAACGAUGUAUUAACUGCUACAUUAAAUUUGCAGUGUUUGUUGUUUUUAUGGGUUUUUGGUUUUCCCCCCUUUGAAGUUAAUGUACAGUGUUUGGUGAUAGUGUUAAAGAUGUAAUUAAGAAUUACUUAUUUGGAUUAAAAAAUCAAAUCCAAAAAUCAUUUAAAAAGAAAGAUUGAAAAAUCAUAAUAAAUACAUGAAGGAUGGUCUUUUUUUGUGAAUUUUUCUCAACAGCAAUGGGUUUUUAUUAAAGAUCUUACUGUAACAUUCCAUGUCAUCUUCAGUCGCAUUGAGAAGGGUCGGACCCAGUGUGUGUACAAUAAUAAAUGGUACAGUUCUAUGAACAUCAAA